CAAAUUAAAUGAAAUCAGUUGAAGAGUAAUGUCCGCCAGUUGCGGUCGGCUUCGAAACAUCUUGAUGUAAUAAAUUUACGAUUUAUAUUUAUUUUGUUUCGUUCCUAAACCUAAAAUCGUGUUGUUCUAGUUGCAAAUAUUGUGCAUUUGUGUCGACGGUACAGAGUUCUUCUUUUACGGAUUUACUCGAACAGGUGAUGUCGAUAAGGGCACUUCGAAUGGAUCGAUAUCGGUGACUUUGAGUUGGGCGAAAAAUACGAAAAGAAAAGGGUUGUUAUCAUGGAGAAGUCCGCUCGGCCACGGACAGCUCUCAAUGAGUGUGUGAAGGUGGUGGUUCGAUGUCGGCCGCUCUCGGAGAAGGAAAAGAAUGAGGGCUACGAGGAGGUGAAGAAGAAACGCACAGAGCAGACUUGGUACGAGCGGCUGUCCACUAAGACUCCGGUGGACAAAAAAGCAUGUGAUGUCCGAUUACAGGUGGUGAAGGUAUGGCCGGAGCGCGGCGCCGUGCAGGUGUACAGUCCCAAGGGGCAGGACAAGAUGUUCACGUACGACGCCGCCUACGACUGCACUGCCGACACUCAGACCAUGUACGAUGAAAUGGUUCGACCGCUGGUGGCAUCCGUCCUGGACGGGUUCAAUGGCUGCGUGUUCGCGUACGGGCAGACCGGCACGGGCAAGACGCACACCAUGGAGGGCACGGCCGACCACGAGGGCAUCAUCCCGCGCGCCUUCCGACACAUCUGGGCACACAUCGAGAACAGCGCCUCGCCCGACGUCACGCACCUCGUCUCCUGCUCUUACAUCGAACUCUACCUCGAGGACGUCAGGGACCUGCUCUCUAAGGACUGCAAGAAGUUGACCAUCAGGGGACAGGAGCUGAACGGGUUCUACAUCCCGGAGAUGACGUCCGUGGUGUGCAAGAGCGCGGCGGAGAUGGUGCGCGUGAUGCGCGCCGGCAACCGCAACCGCGCGGCCGGCCGCACCGACAUGAACGAGCACUCCUCGCGCAGCCACGCCGUCUUCCUCGUCACCGUCGAGACCGCGCACCGCAAGACCAACAGGAUACGGGUGGGUAAACUGAACCUGGUGGACCUGGCGGGCAGCGAGCGACAGCGCAAGACUGGCGCGUCCGCCGAGCGGCUGAGGGAGGCCUCGCGCAUCAACCAGGCGCUGUCCUCGCUCGGGAACGUCAUCUCCGCACUCGCGGAGAACAGCCCGCACGUGCCCUACAGAGACUCGAAGCUGACCCGUAUCCUGCAGGACUCGCUGGGCGGGAACAGUAAGACCAUCAUGAUCGCCAACAUCGGGCCCGCCUCGUACAACUACGACGAGACCAUCACUACACUGCGGUACGCGCACAGGGCUAAAGCGAUAAAGAACAAGCCGGUCCGCAACGAGGACCCGAAGGACGCCAAGCUGCGCGAGUACCAGGCCGAGAUAGAGCGCCUGCGCGCGCUCAUAUCGCAGCGCCGGCCCGUCGACCGCCGCCCCCGGAGGCCCGCCCGCCGCGCGCCCGCGCCCGCAGACACCUCUGAAGAGGAGACAGUCAGUAUAGAAAACGAAAACAUACUGGCCGAGUCUACGAUAGAACAAGAGAAGAAGCAGAUGGAGGAGCUAGAGCAACAGAUCCGUGCGCUGGAGGAGCGGCUGGUGCAGGGAGGCGGAGGGAAGGACCUCAUCAAUAACCUUAACGAGGCACAGCUCAUACUCGAGCAGAGGAACAGUGAGAUCACAGAGCGCAAGAAGAGGGAGGUCGAGAUGCAGCAGAAGAUAGAGCUGGAGGAGGAGACCACCGCCAUCGUCACCAACACCUUCGCCACGCUGCAGCAGGAGGUCGACCACAAGACGCAGCGGCUGAAGAAGUGCCUGGCGCGGUACGGCGGCCUGCGCGAGGAGAUGGUGGAGCAGCGCGAGGCGCACGACGCCGAGCGCCGCGAGCUGGAGGCGCUGCAGGCCGCGCUCAUCGCAGAGCUGCGCCGCCGUCUGCUCGUCGCCGACAGCUUCGUGCCGCUGGCCGGCCGCCCCGCCGUGCUGCGCGCGCGGUACAACGACGACACCGACGCCUGGGAGCUGCGGGACCACGCGGGUGUGGAGCCACUGUCGACGCGGCCCGGGGCCGCCGGGCGCCGCCGGGGCUCCAGCGCCCGGCCCGCACGGCGCCGCGCUGAAAACGUGUUGGACCUGACGCCCAUCCCCCUGCCCGCCACCACGCGCCUGUACUCCGCGCCGCGGCUGGCGCCCAGCCUGGCGCCCGCGCUGGCGCCCGCGGGCCGCAAGGAGGAAGUGGAAGCGGUGGCCAGUGUAGCGACGGUGGCGGUGGCGGGGCGCAAGUCGGCGCGCGCGCGGCCCAGCACGGCGCACCACCGCCUGGGCACGGCCGGCGUGCGGUAGUGCGGGCCGCCCCGUGCCGCCCGUGCCGCCCGUGCCGCCCGUACCGCCCGGACCGCCCGUACCACCCCGUGCCGCCCCACGUCGUGUCUCCGUGUACGUUCCGGUCGCGUCCGGCGUCUCCGCGGAAAUGUGUUGAAGUACAUUUCUCGUGAGAGAGCGACGCGUACUCGCGAUGCCCCCGCCCUUGUUGUAAGUUUUAUACAGUCCGAUCGAUCGAACCCGGAAGCUUGCCACGCUUGCCGCCCGCCUGCGACGUCGACGUUUUAUUUUAGAGAAUAUAUCGGGCGACCGUCGCCGCAGUGCUCGCGGUCGUCCAGUGUCCCAGUCUCCUAGUGCAGUGAGCUCCCAGUCACAAAGUCCAGUAGCGAGGCGCCGGAGGACGUCGCGGCGACGCGAGCCUCAUCAUGAUCUCACUUCAUUUCCCAGUAUUUAAAAGACAAAGAUUCCUUUGUAUAUUAAUUUGAAUACAUAAAGUGUAUGUAUUGUAUAGGUCGUAGCUACAAGUUGCACGCUCGAGUCAGGCGAGACGUCGCUGCACACUGCUGCUCGUAUUGUUUAGGUUGUUGUUUGUUUUAUAAGAUUUUAUUUUACCAUUGUUGUCUCUUUUGUUUUUGUAAAAUUUUAUUUUGUGCCUCGGUACCAACACAAUGUUCGAGCUAGUGAUAUUAGAUAGUUUACAUUUACAACGAUUGAAAUUAUGCCGUGGAGCGCGUUGUUGGUAUUGUCGAUCCGUAUUAUAAUAAUGUAUUAUUUUGAAGGCUUUGUACAUAGAGGGGAUGUGAUGCAGUACUGUAUGUUCAAACAAGUUACCAAAGAGUCCGCCGUCCUCAGUCGGGCAGAGCUCCGCUCGGUGCUCUCGUUUCAUUACGUGUAAAUUUAUUUGUGGAUAUGUUGAUAAUUAUAAUUUCUAAACAGUUUCUAGUCAAUGAUGAUGAAUUAUAUUCUUGUAUACAAAAUAUUGUAAAUAAAGGUAUUUUAGGUAUUUGAAAAGUAUCCUUAAUAUCGAGUAUGAAAUAGAGUAAGUAGGUUGCUAAUUAGCGCACAAUACUUUUUGAAUACCAUUUGUAACUACUGCCAUAGUCAUACUGCGCGCAUAUCGGCAGUGCCAGUAGUGGUUAGUGGUGGUCACUGGUGGCCAGUAUUAGUCAUUGGUGGCCAGUGCCGUGGUGGUAACCAGUGGCCAGUGGUGGCAGGCCGGUCGAGUGGCGCCAGACAUUGGCAGAGUGCGAGUGCGUGGAUCUCACAAGACACGCUCACGUCGCCCACAUUUCUACUUGCUUUAAAUUUAAUUAAAUCAUUUUAUAUUUUGGGAUUGUGAAUUAUUUUUAAUGUAUUCCUUGUAUUGGCUUUAUAUUUAAUUUAAUUUAAAUUAUGAAUGAAGAGGAUCAUGUAUUGUGAUAUUUAUAAUUUGGUAACUGCUAGUCAGUCGUGCCGCAUACACGCUUAUACUCACUAAUGAAAUAAACAUUUUAAAUUGUA